UGGGGUGGGAGUGAAGUGAUGUUUUGCUGAGUGGAAGCGUACGCGUACGAUGUGGACGACAACACUUAAUAAAAAAUACGGCGUUGUUAUAUACAACUGGCGUGGUGAUACGAGGUACGGCUUGCCACUGGAAAUCGGCGAAACAGUACAGAUACUAGAAGAAUGUGGCGGUUGGUACAGAGGAUUCUCGCAGAAAAACAGAUCGAUAAAGGGCAUCUUUCCCUCCAGUUACAUACACCUGAAGCCCUGCAAAGUAGAAAAUGACGGGCUCUUCGAGUCAGUGAUACCACUGGAGGAUCCGGUCGUCAGAGAAGUAACGUUGGUUCUACGAGAAUGGGGAAAUAUUUGGAAGCAACUGUUUGUGAUGCGGGAGGUGUACCGUUUUUCAACUGUACGGAAAGUGAUGUGCGAACUGCUGGACUGGCGAAGGCAGUUAUUAACUGGCACUCUUACCCAGGACCAGAUGCGCGAGCUCAAGCUUCGUAUUACCACAAAAAUAGACUGGGGAAACAGAUUUACAAAUGCUGCUGAAUUUUAUUGA